AUGUCGGACCCCGAAAAACACGUGAGCAAGCGGACAUGUCUUAAGUCGAAGCGUUCUCGUUUCUUAGCAAUUGUGCUUCUAAUUGUGAUCAUUGCGGCCGUUAUUCCCUCCGUUGUCGUCACUACUCUCCGCAAGAAGAAUAACAUGGGUCCGAAAGCGAAGGUCUUCGUUCCACUCUACGUAUACCCUGCUCCCGAGGCGUGGGCUCCGCUGGAAAAUGUGAUAUCUACCCACCCCGAGGUCAACUUUACCGUCGUAAUAAAUCCGGGAAAUGGUCCAGGGCCCGACUCUCUCCCGGAUGGCAAUUACACCCGUGAGAUACCAAAGCUCAAUGCUUAUGCAAAUGUGCGGCUGUUGGGUUAUGUGUAUACCUCAUAUGGAAAGCGCGACGUUUCUGCGGUUCGCGAGGAUAUCCAAACUUAUGCCGACUGGCCGACUAAUUCCUCCAACCCCAAUCUGGCAGUUCGAGGAAUUUUCUUCGAUGAAACACCUCAGCAAUACGAUGCUCAAACCAUGACGUAUCUGCAAGGGUUGAAAGACUUUGUCAAGGACCGUCAGGAUCUUGGCCCUGAUCGAUUUGUUGUCCAUAAUCCCGGCGCUAUACCCGAUUCUCGGUACUUGGCAACCGCAGAUUCAACCGUUGUUUUCGAAGCCGCCUACACUACUUUCCAGGAACGGCAUGGCGCCAAGCUAUUUACCAAUAUCGCGGACAGCAAUCGUACUCAACUUUGCGCUAUCGUUCACUCUGUACCUGAAGCUGUCGAGGGCAAUGCCCUUCGCAGCUUGGUUAAGCAGGUGCGCAAGGUUGCGGAUGAGGUGUACAUCACCCAUCUCAGCACAGACUAUUAUGCCUCCUUUGGGUCCAGGUGGAUUGAGUUCGUCAACCUGAUGGCAGAGUAG